AACACAAAAAGCCAGCAUUCAGCACGUGAGCAUUCCGUCCGAGCAAUCGGGAGGACUCGCAUGCCAAGUGAUUCACCAUGGCCCAGGGGCCUCAGUGGACUUGGUGGGCCAGUGGCUAUGCGAAGGCCAAGUCUUCAGGGGAGGGCGAGGACUUUGAGGACAUCGUGGAUGGCGAGCUGAACGAGGGCGAGGAGGAGGAUUUCGUGAUCACCGGCGAGCCGAGCAAUGCCGCGGACGCUGACUUCGACCGCCAGGUCGAGGCCUUGCAGGAGGCCGUGUUGGACGACUCCUUCCAGGAAGUGCUGAAUGCCUUUUGUCGGGAGCAUUGCCAUCACUUCGAGGACACCGAGGAAAACAAGUUCAUUUACACGGAACUCUUCAACCAGUACUCUGCGCUUAUUGAAGGGCACCUGGAAAAGCAAAUGACAGCGGCAAUCCCAGGCUUCUCCAUGAUCGUCUUCCUGGAAGAACUCGCGAAACGAGGCGAGGACGAGAUCGAUUGCGCGGUCUUGGAGCUGCUGGUCUCUCAGAGCGACUUCUUGUCCUUCAAGCAGCAGAUGCUCACUGUGAAGGAAGACCCGGGCCUCAGCCUCUCCGGCACCGCCACGCACAUCCACGCGGACGAGGACGAGGAAGGCGAAGCGCGGCCAGACCUGGAUCACUUGCUCAAGGUGACACCCGCCUCACCGAGUCAGAAGCGUGCCUAGUGCGCGCGCCUCUCGGGG